CUUAACUUGCCUUCCCCAUCGCCCCGGGUUUCCUCUCGCUUCUCUCCUUUCCCCAGGCCACGUUCGCAGUUCCGCCCUUCUCGACUGCUUUCCGCCCGGGCCUACUUCUACUCUCCCUCUCGCUUUUCCUCCCCUCGCAAUGGCGGGAGUUCUCAAGAACGUUUUUGGCGGCGCCCAGCCGUCCAGCUCCGUCACACUAGAGGAUGGUGAUUUCGCCGACUUUGUCAAGGCCCCUGAAGCUCCCAUCGUCGGCUCUCCGUCGGCACCAUUUGGCCAGAAUGGCGCUCAACCCGUCGUGUACACGAAAUGGUAUCGGGUGUGGGAGCGCACAUCCCCAAAGGACUUCAUGCAAGAAGCAAUGGUUCUACCGAUUAUCAUCUUAAUUGUUCUGUUCCAUUUCUGGGGCACCCGUAAAAAUCGACGACGAGCGACGGAAUGGGCCAAGGCCCAUGCUUCCCCUCUCCGAGACGAGUUUGCGGUGGUUGGAUUUGAUGGCAUCCAGAAAUCGGACGACUCCGUGUCUGUGGAAUUGACCAACCCCGAGUCUAUUCUGAAGGAGAACUCUGCCCAGGAAUUUUCUGCCUACGCGACCGGUCGUCAGAACGUCGCAUUUCUUGAUGUUGCUAUUAAGAUGCCUAAGCGCGCCAACCCAGUUACCUACUGGAUGGACCAGGCAUUUUCAUUCUUCUUUGAAAGCUGGCCUGCACCCGAAGAGAUCUUCGAGGCUACUGCAUACACUUUCGAUGGCAAAGAGAAGGACUUGGUUCCAGUUCCGGGCAAGGAUACCUCUGGUCUCAAGGUCAACAACUCGGCUUAUGAUGGCUUUAUCUUCGCGAUUGUCCACAAGAGCCACAUGCGUAACUUCCGGAAUGACAGAUACGACGCUUCGAUGACCUUUACUAAGGACAAUGCGAAAUUGCCCCAGUGGGUGACUAUUAUGACCGAAAACGCCGAGAUUACCGAAACUCUUCUCACCCCGGAGCUCAUCGAGGCCGUGGAGAAGGCGGGCAACAGCUUUAAGUACCUUAUUGUCACCGAUCAGCCAAUCGACAAGCCUACCAAGAUCGAGGAAACUGCCCCACGCAAGCGCAUCCAGCUCGUCGCAUCUCUUGCCUCUUCUGCUUCCGGUUACGCUUCUACCCUGCCGCUAUUUACCCAGUUCCUACGGUUGCCCGACAGACUUGUGAACCUUGGCCACUUCCGGCCCGAGGUUAUGCGCAAGAUCCGGAACGUCCGUGAGGAGGAGAUCAAGAAGCUGCGCCGCCUGGAUGAGCAGGAGAAGGCCGAAGAGCGCAAGUUGAUGGCUGAGAAGCUGAAGAAGGAAGAGAGGGAGCGGACUCUCCGCGGUAUGAAUGCCGACGAGCAGCGGAAGUUCCUUGACCGUGAACAGCAGAAGGAGCAAAAACGUUCCAUGAAGAGGUAUUCCAAGCGUGGAUAGAUCGUUCUCCGAGGAACAACAAAGCAGCGAGAUGGACUGAAACGAGGAAAAGUACUCUCGAAUUAUAAUGCUGUUUAUACCUUCAUGUACAAUGUAUUGAUAUGCUAUUUUGAGGGAAGGAAGAAGAUUGAGCGGAGGAGUGCGAGUGCAGUUUUAUGGCUGACUGAGCCAACAAGCGUUUUUACUAUAAUUCAGAUCUCAUCUGCCCAGUAGAUAUAAUCUAUAUUAUGUUCAAAAUACAUAACUGUAAUAUUCGC